GUGGCAUCAUGCACAAUGCAUUUCUAGGACGUAGAAGCGCCAUGGCGUUCAACUGACCACUACUAGUCUAUAGCACGGUUGCCCAAACCCAGAGGAAGCAAAAAUGGGUGGGAGGAAAGUAGUCGCACGAAUGUCAGUUGUUGCAGUAUGUCUCGGCGUGCUGCUCUCGUGCUGCCUGGAUGUGGUCUGUGCUCAGGCCAAUGAGAAUGCCACGCAGUUACCAUCAGCACAAUUGGCGCCCGAUACCUCUGGGGGGGAGGUGGUGGGGGGCCAUGUAGACGACGAUGGACAAGGUGAGGUGGCACUUGGGUCGGUGGACGAUGCGGCCAUGCUCCAGUGGGCAAUCGCGCACGCAGACCCCGAACGUAUGAGCGCUAUGGCGGCGGAGGUGCGGGGUUGGACCAGGGAACAGCUGGAAGCCAAGCGCGCCGACCUGCACCAGCUGCUGGAGACGGUCCAGCCGCCGUCUGACUUCCAAGUCAUGGAGGCGCUGCUGGAGGUGGCUAGCAACAGCAGCGAGACGGUAGCACGGCGCGCGGGCGCGCUGGAGGCGCUACAAGAAGUCGUGGAGGCGAUCGACAACGCGGCCGACCUGCACAAGGCGGACGGCAUCCGCACGCUGGCGAGCCUGCUCCGGGACGGUCACGCGGACGUGCGGCGCACAGCAGCCUGGGCCGUGGGGGCAGCUGCACAGAACAACGCGGAGGUACAACGCCAGUUCCUGAAUACGACGUGCCUGCCGACCCUUUUGGCGAUGGUCACCAGCUCGCACGCGGAAGAAGCGGCCAAGGCGCUGUAUGCCGUGAGCGCGCUAGUGCGCGACAACCCCGAGGGCCUCCGCACGUUCUACCAGAAGGGCGGGCCAACUCUGCUGGAAACGAUUGUCGCUGACGAGGAGGGGGAUCCCCGGCUGCAGAAGAAGGCCGUGGGGCUGCUAGGAGACUUGGCGACGUUCCAGGGGGGUCGGCAAGCUCCGGGGUACGGCCCCCUGGCGACGCCGAAAGUGAUGAGCGCCAUGCUGCGGUUUAUGGCCACCGGGGAUGUCGACAUGCGGGAGAAGGUGAUGCGCGCUGCGCACGCGAUGCUGGCAAACAACCCGGGGGGAUUGAAAGUGUUCGGAGAGAAGGCCGAGGAGCUCGAGAAGCUGCGCAGGAUCGAGGAGCGGUUAGCGGAGAUGAGUAAGGUGGGGGAGAGUGAAGAGAGCGGAGAAGGGGACCGGGAGUGGCAGGAAUAUGUAAACGAGAUGACGGAGGUGAUCAAGCAGGUGGGCGAAACCGUGAAAGACGAGGAGCCCCCGCCCAUGCUGGGGGCAGCGAAAGGUGGUCGGACUAAAGAUGAGCUGUAAUUGUGUAUGUUUGUGCCGCUUUUGUUUAUUCUGGCGUGAGAGAUUUGAUUGGACCCUCUUUGUACCUUCGAUCGUCCCCAUUCGUCAAUGCAAUUGGACCAGUUUGGCAUGGGUCUUCAAAAGUGGAUCAGGUGGGGGAUCGUCCAGGCUCAGUCCCGGGUCCGACUCAUUGAAGCUUUCAGUGCCCGCUGGCGCAGUGUAGCUCGGGGUGUUCGGUUGCAUGUUUAACGGCUUCAAGUGAUUGUUGCCAACCCAGUCGACUGGGCGCGUGACU